AUGGAACAAAGUUCUGAAACCUCCUUUCUCACAUAUAUUUUACCGGCACAAGAAAAUAUUCAAGAAAAUGUUCAAAAUGGAAUGCAGUCAAAGCAAGUUACACUUGAUGACAAUAAUAUUGAUGACGAGAACUUUCAUAACGUCAAUGAGGCUUCUUCAAGUAUUGCAACCUCGCCAACUCAAUUAUCAGAACUUAAAAGCGAUGAUUCUCCGUACACUAAACGUCAAAAACUUACAACCUUAGGUUUUGACAUACGUGAUAUUAAUAAGAGUGCACCUAAUCAAUACAUUCAAUCUACAAAUUCUCAUCCAAAUAAUAAUUCAAAUACAUCGAUCAGUGAAUCUCGUGCUUCGACACCACCUUGGGAAAUCGAAUCAAAGCAAAAUUUUCUCAGUCGUCAAACUAAAAAUGCAACUAGAUCUAAUUCGAUAAGGCAAAAUCAUGAUGCAGUUGAAAGCGAAGGAGGAAGAAUCACAUUUUCUAACAUUGAGGGCGAUGAAAAUGUUGUUAAUGAUGUAGAUUCGUCAAUGAUGUCGACAACUGUAACGUCAAGAGUUGGAAACGAAGAAGAAACCACUACUGAACACAAUACAUUAGAUCGUGAGGAUAGUUUAAUUGAUAAAGUAAUAAUGGCUAUCAAUUUUAGAAAUCGAAAAUUGGUGCGAUUUCAAAUCUCCCCGUCGAUUAUUCUCACAAGUUCACGUGCGGACGAAGACUUUAUAGAAGCAUUAAAAACCACCGAUGAAGCAAAUUCCCUAGAAUCUACCGUCGAGAUUCGCCCAAAUGUUGAAUUCGUAUGGGCAUCAGCAAAAACAAAACUUUUAUCGAUAAAGUUUGGCGGAACUCACGGAUUCAGUUCAGUACAAAUCAGCGCUACAAAAAAAGACAUGUAUUUGAAGCUAUCGAGUAUUAUUGAUAUGGAUAGUGUUGAGGCGGUCUGUUGCGCUGGUGCAUUGCUUAGCUAUAUUGCAAGAGCAAGAGUCACAGAUGAAUUAUUGCAUCAGCAAGAUCAAGACCACAAAAUACUGUCUAUUGAGCAAUUCUCGUUGAAAACAAUUCUGCAUGUUAACGCGGAUACUCUUUGUUCACUCCAAAUCUUCGAGGAUGAGUCUCAUCCAAAUAUGCAUGCGCGAUCUCGAGCGAAAGAAGGGUUGUCUAUUUUCGGAGUACUCAAUAGAACAAGAACACCAGUCGGCAAACAACUCUUUAAACAAUGGUUUCUUCGACCAAGCCUUGACUUAAAUAUCCUCGAAGAGAGAUUUCGUACCAUUGACUGUUUUUUACAGCCGGAUAAUCUUCAUAUUUCCGAGCAUUUAGCUAAUUGCUUGAAGCAUGUCAAGAAUAUCCCAAAAAUACUGGAGAGCAUGAAAGGGAAGUUGAAUAUUGCAGAGUGGCAGUCAUUGUUGCAGUUCGCUUAUUACUGUCUUAAAAUUCGUAACCUUAUUCGAGAAUUGAAUUCCUCGGAAAAUAUACAAAUAUUCAACAAAAUAAGAGAAACUUUCGUUGUUACUGAGUUGAAAGAUCUUGGUUCAGUUAUAAAUGAUGUGAUUGAUUUCGACGAAAGCGCUAACGAGAAUCGCGUUGUGGUUAAAUUGCACGUUGAUGAGGAACUCGAUGAAAUGAAGAGAACAUACAAUGGACUGGAUGAUUUCUUGUCUGAAGUCGCACGAGAAAUUGCUACAACAAUUCCAAGUGAAUUCGCAUCCACAUUGAAUGUCAUUUACUUUCCUCAGCUCGGGUAUUUGAUUACCGUUCCGUUAAAACCUGAAUGGAAAGAGGAAGAAGACUUCCAGAUCGAAGGAUUGUAUUAUCAGUUUAGUACAGCGACAACUGUAUAUUACAAGAAUGAUCGAAUGCGUGAACUUGAUGAAUAUCUUGGAGAUAUUCAUGGAUUAAUAGUUGACCGCGAAAUAGAAAUCAUGCAACGACUUCAAGAACGAGCCAGUGAGAAUAUAGCGUCACUAUUAGCGUCGACAGUAGUUUGCGCGGAACUUGAUUGUCUUCUUUCUUUGGCUGAGUCUGCUAGAAGAUAUCAUUAUUCAAGACCGCAGAUGACCGAAGAAAAUAUAUUGAAAAUUGUAAAAGGAAGACAUCCACUUCAAGAACUUUGUGUUGAUGUAUUUGUUGCGAAUGACACGAAUUUAGCUGGUGGCAAAGGAAUAAUCAAACCAGAGGACAAAGAGAGCGAGGAUUCAACUUUCCCAGCAAAUCAUGAAUCUUUUACUGCAUCAGCAUUUUCAAUGUACAAUGGAACGUCGACUUCUCAACAGUUUUGA